AUGACUUUUCUUCAAUUCAGUUUGGCUAUUACACAAACAUUGAACGAAGGCCUCUCGUACCGCUCCCAGCGGCCCGAGGUGUUCGCCGUGGUCGACCUCGCCAAGCUCGAUGCCGUGCGCGUCGACCCGCACGGGGCAACCGCGUGGGUCGACUCCGGCGCCACGAUUGGAGAGCUCUACAAUGCCGUCGCUAAGGCGGCGCCCGGGCUGGGCUUCCCGGCAGGCGUGUGCCCGACCAUCGGCGUGGGUGGCCAUUUCAGCGGCGGUGGCGUCGGCCUCAUGAUGCGCAAGUACGGCCUCUCCUCGGACAACAUCCUCGACGCCACCAUCGUCGACGCCGACGGGAAGCUCUUGCAGGGCAAGGAGGCCAUGGGGGACGACCUCUUCUGGGCCAUCCGCGGCGGCGGGGGCGGGAGCUUUGGAAUCGUCCUGUCGUGGAAGGUGCGGCUCGUGCCGGUCCCACCCAAGGUCACCUACUUGAGCGUAACCAAGACCAUGCACCAGGGCGCGGUCGACGCCGUGACCAAGUGGCAGAAGGUCGCCCCGGCGCUCCCCGAGGACCUCAGCGUCCGUGUGGUCGUGCAGAAGCGUCAGGCUAACUUCCAGUCCCUGUACCUCGGCAACUGCAGCGCCGUGGUGCAGACGCUGCAUCGCCAGUUCCCGGAGCUCGGGGUGACGCGCGCCGACUGCCAGGAGAUGAGCUGGCUGCAGUACGUGGCGUACCUAUACUUCGGCGACGCCAUCAAAAACGCGCCGCUCGAGGAGCUCCUCCUCAACCGGACCAUGCCCCUGGGUCCCUUCGUCAAGAACAAGUCCGACUACGUCAAGAAAGCCCUCACCAAGGCCGCCUGGCAGAAGAUCUUCACCUGGCCCAGCGGCGCCGCGGACGGAGAGCUUAUCCUCGAGCCGCACGGCGGAAGAAUGUCCACGAUCGCCGACACCGACACGCCGUACCCACACCGGAGCGGCGUGCUCUACAACAUCCAGUACGUCCAGCUCUGGAACGACAACGGGGCCGGGGGAAACAACAGUACACCCAACUGGAUCAAUGGCUUGUACGACUUUAUGGCGCCGUUUGUGACCAAAAACCCCAGGGCUGCGUACGCCAACUACAGGGACCUCGACUUGGGCAUGAACAAGGUGGUCGGCGGCGUGACCACCUACGAAAGCGGCAAGGUCUGGGGUGAGAGCUACUUUGGUGGGAACUUUAGAAGGCUCGCGACGAUUAAGCGGAAAGUGGAUGGCCGUGACUACUUCCGGAACGAGCAGAGUGUGCCGCCACUUCUAUUGAUCCGGAAAUGAGAAAGCUAGUGGUCAACACAUGCAAAUUAGUCAUGUUCGACCAGAUUUGUACUUAACUGAUAAAA